AUGCAUCCUGAACACAACCAUCAGUUGAUUCCUGAAAAUGCUAGCUUUGCUACUAGCUAUUGGAAACUUACCACAGAUAUGAAGGAGCUUAUUAAAAGUUAUACAAUUUGUGACAUUGACGUCUCAUCCCAG